UAACUCCGCCCAGACAACAAUACUAUGAUAUUAAAAACACCACUAAAAAGCGCGAAACAAACAGAAAUGACAAUAAUACUUAUAACAAUAACAAGAAAUUAUACAAAAAAUAAGAACAGUACACAAAUAUAAAUUACAAUUAAACAGUAACAAAAAAUUAGAUUCCAAAAUGGAAACCCAAGAUCCACAUUCUAAAUCAAAUGCGGCGGUGCCGGCGGUAUCAUCAUCGGCGUCAAUGUUCACCAGUGUACGACCGGCGGGGCCGCACCAUAGAAGGGCGCAUUCUGAAAUGAGCUUCCGAUUACCGGAGGAUAUGACAAUGAUGAUGCUGGAUCUGUCCACUUCUAAUCCGGCCAACGGCGGAGGAGGCGGUGGUGGUGGCGGAGGAGGAGGAGGUGGGUCGUCUGUUGGGAGUCUUGAAGAGAUCGGAUCGGAGGAUGAUCUUUUUUCGACGUACAUUGAUGUGGAGAAGUUGACGGGUGGAGGAAAUGAGAGUAGUAAUAAUGAGAAGAAUAAUAAUAAUAAUAGUGAGGGUGAGAGAUUGGAAUUUGGGGCGACGAGAGGCAAACAUAGGCAUAGCAAUUCGGUUGAUGGGAGUGUUUUUGGUGAUGUGAUGGAAGCUAAGAAAGCUAUGCCUCCUGAUAAGUUGGCUGAGCUUUGGGCUCUUGAUCCUAAACGAGCCAAAAGGAUACUUGCUAAUCGACAGUCUGCUGCACGCUCUAAAGAGAGAAAGGCCCGAUAUAUAAUAGAACUCGAACGCAAAGUUCAGACCCUUCAAACGGAAGCCACCACACUUUCUGCCCAACUCACUCUAUUCCAGAGGGACACAACAGGGCUGAGUUCAGAAAACACAGAUCUUAAGCUUCGGCUUCAAGCAAUGGAGCAACAGGCUCAAUUGCGAGAUGCCCUGAAUGAGGCACUGAAAAAGGAAGUGGAAAGGCUCAAGAUUGCCACCGGGGAAAUGAUGAGCCCUUCCGAGUCAUUCAAUUUGGGAAUGCACCAAAUGCCAUACACCCUUUCAAACUUUUUCCCACAUCCGCAACAACCCGGACCUGUUAAUCAUCCAAACAUGCAGUUACCACCAUACGCGCAAUCACAACCUAAUAUGCCGCCACAUCACUUACAACGAACAAAUUCCCAAACUUUCUCGGACAUUAUGCAAAACGAUUCUCUUGGUCGACUACAAGGGCUUGAUAUCAGUAGUAAAGGACCAAAUAUUGUAAAAUCGGAAGGCCCCUCGCUUUCUGCAAGUGAAAGUAGCUCCACAUUUUGACAGAAACUGGCUGCUGACUAUAGCUGACUUUCCCGCUUGAUGUGUGUUUAUAGACUGACAUAUCCAGUCAUUUAGAAAAGGUAUUUUAUUUAUAGUUUAUCAUUCAUUCAAUUCAUGUUGUGGGAAUCACUUCUUAAAUUGUUCAUUGUUAGGGUCCUUCCCACUAGAUAAAAAAAAGUAAGCCGCCGGGUUUUAUACGGGUUCUUUCAUUGUUUGACAUGGAAUUUGUUUUACUGAUUGUGAUAGGAAAUGUGGGUGUCAUGAAUUCUAUGUCAAUGUUGUCAAAUUCAUUUGUAUCUCAUUUCAUUUGAUAUUCUGUAAAACUUGGUGUCUGUCAUUUCCUGGAUUCAUUUCAAAAGUGGAAUUCUUAGUCUCUGUUUUUAAUAGAA